GCAGGGAUCAAUUUGCAGAGCGAGAAGCACCUUGCAGGAGAAUUUUCCAACUUUGUCAUCCUCUUCUCUUCAGCGCAGAUGGAGUUGCAGACAAUGGCGACUUAUCGGUCGAUGUCAGGUUUCUUGGUGAAAGUGAUGCUUAUCAUGUCCAUCACAGCAUUCUGCUUACCUUCGGUCCUCGCAGCUCGAACUCUUCUUCACAGUCCCAAUCUUCCUGCUAUCCCUCCUUCCCAAGUUCCUGAAUUUCCACAUCCUCCUCCUCUCCCUACUUUUCCCCCUCUCUCUGAUCUUCCUCCCCAUCUCCCAACCCGUCCUCCCCCACUGUCAGAUUCAGCUCAGCCAUCUCCUGCUCCUCAUUCUAACAUUCCACCGGCACCUCCAGUUUCUGAAUCACCAUCUCCAGCUCCAUCUCCUUCAACAUAGUCUGAAUAGGACUCUUGGCCUUCAAAUUGUGGAAUUGCGAAUUGUGUCAGGUGUCGACAGCACCUGACACACUAGCACAUGUUACUUGAACUACUGACGGGUUAUCCUUUGUCUCUGGUUUUCUAUGGACGACUUUCGCAGCUUCCAAUAAUAAUCAUAUCAAACUCUCUGCACUUGAGCUCUAGAGUUGCAAAUUUACGUCUCCAAACACCUGAAGAUAUCCAGGCACCAAUCGAGAUCGGUGCCAGGAAUAGAAAUUCAUCGUUGAAUAAAUCAACUGGCUCGUAGUAGCUACUUUGCUUCUGUCCGUGCCGUGAUAAUUCCUACUGUAUCUCAGGAGGAUGAAAUAAUCCAUAUCCUAGAGAAAGGACUGAUAUGAGGUAGAAGCUUUUGAUAAUUCAAUAAACACAGAAGCAUCGGAGAUUCCUAUCAAAUUUUCUAUUCUCUUUUCAUCUUCCG